AGCCGGAAGAGUUUGGACCGGAGUAGGUGACAUAAUUUUAUAAGGUGAAAGGUGAUAUAGCCAAUUAGCCACAUACAACAUCCAAUCAACACCAGUAUCAACACCAUGCCGGUGUUCAAAACCCCGUUCAACGGCUACGCCGUCAAAUUUAGCCCCUUCUACGAACACCGCUUGGCGGUUGCCACCGCCCAAAACUUCGGCAUCCUCGGCAAUGGCCGUCUCCACAUCCUCGACCUCUCCCCCUCUCCAUCUCCCACCCCCGUCACUGAACUCGCCUUCUUCGACACCGCCGACGGAAUCUACGACAUCGCCUGGUCCGAAUCCCACGACAACCUCCUUGUCGCAGCCGUAGCCGACGGUUCCCUCAAGCUUUACGACCUCUCUUUACCUCCGCCGCAAAACCCUUCUCGCUCUCUCUCCGAACACACCCGCGAAGUUCACGCCGUCGAUUGGAAUCCUACUCGCCGGGAUUCCUUCAUCUCCGGUUCAUGGGAUGACACCGUCAAGCUUUGGACCGUCGAUCGACCCACCAGUGUGCGCACCUUCAAGGAACACGCCUACUGCGUUUACUCCGUUGCCUGGAAUCCCCGGCACGCCGAUGUUUUCGCUUCGGCUUCGGGGGAUUGCACGGUUCGGGUUUGGGAUGUCCGUGAGCCGGGUUCUACUAUGAUCAUCCCUGGUCAUGAACAUGAGAUACUGUCCUGUGAUUGGAAUAAGUAUGAUGAGUGUUUGCUGGCUACUGGAUCGGUUGAUAAGACGGUUCGGGUUUGGGAUGUGAGGAGUUACAGGACUCCCAUUGCUGUUCUUGCUGGUCAUGGGUAUGCUGUGAGGAAGGUGAAGUGUUCCCCCCAUCGGCGAAAUAUGGUUAUGAGUUGUUCAUAUGAUAUGACUGUUUGUAUGUGGGAUUUCAUGGUGGAGGAUGCCUUAAUUGGGAAGUAUGAUCAUCAUACCGAAUUCGCAGUUGGAAUCGAUAUGAGUGUUCUUGUUGAAGGGUUAUUGGCUAGUACUGGUUGGGAUGAGAUGGCUUAUGUUUGGCAACAUGGGACUGAUCCUAGAGCCACUUAGCAAGAGGCUUUUUUGGGGGUUUUGAAAGAGGAGGUAUGUUGUACUUGUUUGUGUUGAGCUAUUGAAUUUUAUUUAUGGCUAAAAAAUGUUGAUAUAGUUAGUAUUUCAAUAAGAUCAUGUACACCACCCUUUUUGGAUGUAAUUGCACUUAGUUGAUUAUACAAUUCACCCCUUGUUGGAUUGUCCAAUGAUCCAUUUUUAUGUGUAUGGAUUCUCAUGAUCUGCAAGGAAUGUAUAGCUUGAAUGUUUCGCAAA